CCGCGUUCUUCUUGGGGAUCCGAUCCUUUGUCGAUAGCAACUUGAAGGAACAUGGCCAAACCAUCCAAGCUUGGGCCCGUCACAAAAGUCGUCGACCCUCAAGAGCUGUAUCAAGUCAUCGCUCAAGCGUCAUCUCAAAACCCUGCCGAAGUCCACACGUCGAGUAAACGCGUCGAGGAAUUAUUGGACUACUUUGGGACUUUCGAUGGUUUGCAUGAGAUCGCCGCCACCCGUUCAGUACCGCUGCCUGUGAGGAAGCAGAGUAUUAUCCAAUUCAAAAACAGGGCGUUGAACAACUGGAGAUCACGGAAACUUUUAUCAGACGAGCAACGAGUCAGGAUCCGGUCACGAUGCAUGACCUUUUUUGACGAGGAAGACGAUACGAUUGCGGAGUGCAAUGAAGUAAUCGUCGCCAAAAUUGCUCGCCAAGAUUACCCUGUGAACUGGCCUUCGCUGCUAGCCGACAUCAUGGACGUCAUUCGCACAAAUCUUGAAGUGCUCUGCAAUUCUCCCAGCAGCGACCCUCGGUCAACUCUUGCCCUUCGCAGGGGCCUUGCGCUUCUUAACAGCAUCCUCAAGGAGUUCAGCGGCUUCAAGCUGCCGGCCGGCGUGAACACGAUGACCAAUAUCGUCGAUCAACUGCAUGAAGUGAUGUUUGUUUACUACUCCAAAUUGUCGUCGAUGAUUUCCGCACUCGUGCCGCUAUCGCUUAGUGAUCAGCGCACUGCUGACAAUCUUAUCGUGGCUCAUUUCAUCUACAAGUGUCUCGUCAAGAUGGCUUUGUGGCUCUGGUCCAAACUCAUUCAGUCGGCAAAAGGCGGGCUGGCAAAACUCGAGCCUUGGUUUUUGCAACUUUUCCAGAGUUCAACCGGACAAUUGAAGAUACUGUCUGAACUUCGAAUCAACCUCGUCCUUGCCUUGGGAGCUUCUGGAGCAUCGAACCGUCUCACGCUUUUGUCCGUUGACAGACUGACCCGUCAUGUCCGCGUUUUUGGGAAAUUUUUCCGCAGACUACAACAACUUAAACCCGAGAAAUUUGUUGACCUUCCAACAGGUAAUGAAAUCGUCCUGUACUAUUGGGAUAGAGUUGUGCAAGCCACCAAUGGACCGCCGGAGCUAAUUCAAGACACUCCAAUGGCGGUUUUCCCGGUGCGUUUUCUCCUCCAGGGCAUGGUCCUUUUCAAGGAAAAUCUCUCGAGAUGGACACCGUUUCGCAAAGAUGGCAUAAAAACCGAGACUACUCUUUCGCAAGAGUUUGUCGAGGAUGCCGUCCGGCUUCUCGUGACGCGCUUCAUCCCCUUGAACCCGACAGAUCUCAAGGGCUGGAUGUCUGAUCCAGAAGAGUGGGUCAAUAUAGAAGACAAAGAAAACGAUCAAUGGGAGUAUGAAUUGCGACCAUGUGGUGAACGCGUCUUGAUGACCCUUUCAUCGCAAUACAAGGUUUAUGUCACGCCACUACUUGAGACAACCUUCAAGCAGAUAAUUGCGCAACCAACGGUUGAUUUGGCAAGUGUCAUACAAAAGGAAGCCCUGUACUGUGCCAUCGGACGUUGUGCGACUCGCCUACGAGAAGUAAUUCCUUUCAGUCAAUGGUUGCAACAUAAUCUCGUCGCAGAAGCAAGGGAGACGAACCAAAACUAUCCCAUAAUUAAGCGUCGUAUAGCGUGGCUUAUUGGAAGAUGGAUUAGCGACAUGUGUUCACCAGCCAAUGAUCCGAAUGUUUGGGACGUUCUCAUCCACUUGCUGCGAGACAGAGGUCCCGGCACGGAUUCUGUCGUUCGUCUGACUGCCGCCACAGCCUUGCGGGAGUGCGUCGAUACUGUCGAUUUUGACAUCGAUGUCUUCAUACCUUACUUGCCUACCGCAGUCACAGAACUUGUGAAGCUCAUGGGUGAGGCGGACACAAUGGAAGUGAAACAGCGUUUAGCCAAGAGUCUCAACGUGAUGAUCGAACGCGCGGGUCCUCGAAUUACGCCGCACGCACAAAUGAUUUCGGAAGGCAUCCCUCAGUUGUGGACCGCUGCGGGCGAUGAGUGGUUAUUCAAAGCUCAACUCUUGGUUGUCGUGACAAGUCUUGUCUCGGCGAUGAAGGAGCAUUCGUCUCUAAACCGCCUUAUCGUCCCCCUUGUUCAAGACGGUCUUUCCCCAGGGGUUGCCAUCAAUCUCGAUGAAGACGCGCUUAAUCUCUGGCUGGCUGCCGUUCGCAACUCGUCAUCGUUGGGCUGUGUUGGUGGACCCGAUCUCAUCGACCUGGUCCCUCUAGCAGUCUCUUUGUUAUCAGACAAUCUAGAUUUGCUUGGCAAGAUAGUGUCUAUAGUCGAGUCGUAUUUAUUUGUCGACGCUCCUGCCGUCUUGCAGGGUUUUGCCACCCCGCUAAUGAAUGCUUUUGUGAAAGCGCUCACAGGCCAGGCCAUAUUGACCAAUCAGAAGGACAUACUAAUUUGUCUCCAAUUCCUAACUCAAUUGGCGCCGGCUGCGCUUUGGGGCGAAGCCAUGCAUGUUGCUGGUUUGUUUAGCCACAUUGUUAAGAUUCUGAAUGACGACGAGAGCUCGACAAUUCUGCUCGCCGAAUGCAUAUAUCUCCUUGCGAGGAUUGCUCUGGCAGACAGACAGAUGUUCUUGCAGCUUGUAUUGGCAACAGCGCAGACCACGAAUCUCCCUGAAGCUAAAAUCUGGGAAGCAUUGCUGGACCAUUGGUGGCGGCAGUUCGACCAUAUGUCAGAGCCUCGCCAUCGCAAACUAGCUGCUCUCGGCAUCGCGUCUCUCGUAUCAACCGGUCGUCCUGAAGUGCUUGAUCGCUUACAUCACGAGACUUUCAACCUCUGGACAGACGUAUUCUUCGAGGUCAAAGAGAGCAGGAACUUAGCUGAAAAUGAGGAUGCCGGCCCCUUGACACUUCAUUGGGACCUCGAUCAGGUACCGCAGUCAUACUAUGCAGAUUCUGAGAACACCGUCGAGUUUGAUCGCCGGAAAAUGUUCCUGGACAAUGAUCCUGUUCGCACUACUCAGCUCACUAAUUAUGUGGCUGCAGCAUUACAGGAAGCCGAGCGGACCUGCGGCGGCGCUCAUAUAUUCAAUCAGUAUAUCAGCAAGACAGAUCCCACCCUGCUCAAACAACUUCAGAAUGAACUUCAGGGAGGGUACUAGUAGACGUAGGGAUCAAGGAUCGAGAGGGGACAUCACAUUGCUAGUUGUACAAUAAAAAUGGAUGCUUCAUGCUUUCGCGUCGGCUUAUUAUAAUAUCGUAAUUUCUUAAUAAAAUUAGGGAUGGCGAUGAAUCUAAGUGCAUUUUGCAG